AGAGAGAGAGAAGCAUAGAACGAGAGCCCAGAGCAGAGCGAGGUCUAGGAAACCGAGGGGAGAGAACCCGAGUGUGUGUGUGAGUGUGUGUGUGUGAGUGUGUGUGCGUGUGUGUGAGUGUGUGUGUGAGUGUGUGUGCGUGUGUGUGCGUGUGCGUGUGUGAGCGCGAGCGAGCGAGUGAGGGAGAGGAGCGAGAGAGUGCGAGCGAGAAAGAAUAAAAGGAAAGAUUUUUCUCUAUGUAUAUAAAGAUGGCCACGUUAGCAAACGGACAGGCUGACAACGCGAGCCUCAGUACCAACGGGCUCGGCAGCAGCCCGGGCAGCGCAGGGCAUAUGAACGGAUUAAGCCACAGCCCGGGGAACCCGUCGACCAUUCCCAUGAAGGACCACGAUGCCAUCAAGCUGUUCAUUGGGCAGAUCCCCCGAAACCUGGAUGAGAAGGACCUCAAGCCCCUCUUCGAGGAGUUCGGCAAGAUCUACGAGCUUACGGUUCUGAAGGACAGGUUCACAGGCAUGCACAAAGGCUGCGCUUUCCUCACCUACUGCGAGCGUGAGUCAGCGCUGAAGGCCCAGAGCGCGCUGCACGAGCAGAAGACCCUGCCCGGGAUGAACCGGCCGAUCCAGGUGAAACCUGCGGACAGCGAGAGCCGAGGAGGUAGUAGCUGCCUGCGCCAGCCCCCUUCACAAGAUAGAAAACUCUUCGUGGGCAUGCUCAACAAGCAACAAUCCGAGGACGACGUGCGCCGCCUCUUCGAGGCCUUCGGGAACAUCGAGGAGUGCACUAUCCUGCGCGGGCCGGACGGCAACAGCAAGGGGUGCGCCUUUGUGAAGUACUCCUCCCAUGCUGAGGCACAAGCCGCCAUCAACGCUCUACAUGGCAGCCAGACCAUGCCUGGAGCCUCUUCCAGCCUGGUGGUCAAGUUUGCAGACACUGACAAGGAGCGCACGAUGCGACGGAUGCAGCAGAUGGCUGGCCAGAUGGGCAUGUUCAACCCUAUGGCCAUCCCCUUCGGAGCCUAUGGCGCUUACGCUCAGGCACUGAUGCAGCAGCAAGCAGCCCUCAUGGCGUCGGUUGCGCAAGGAGGCUACCUGAAUCCCAUGGCUGCCUUCGCUGCCGCCCAGAUGCAGCAGAUGGCGGCUCUCAACAUGAAUGGCCUGGCAGCCGCACCUAUGACCCCAACCUCAGGUGGCAGCACCCCUCCAGGCAUCACUGCACCAGCUGUGCCUAGCAUCCCAUCCCCCAUUGGGGUGAAUGGCUUCACGGGCCUCCCUCCACAGGCCAAUGGGCAGCCUGCUGCAGAAGCUGUGUUUGCCAAUGGCAUCCACCCCUACCCAGCACAGAGCCCCACCGCAGCGGACCCCCUGCAGCAGGCCUACGCUGGAGUGCAGCAGUAUGCAGGACCAGCUGCCUACCCUGCUGCCUAUGGUCAGAUAAGCCAGGCCUUUCCUCAGCCACCGCCAAUGAUUCCCCAGCAACAGAGAGAAGGGCCCGAGGGCUGUAACCUGCUCAUCUACCAUCUGCCCCAGGAGUUUGGGGACGCUGAGCUGAUGCAGAUGUUCCUCCCUUUCGGCCGGCACCCCGUGCCCUCCCGCUGCCAGGCCCCCUCCUGUCAGGGAGGACAGUGUGCAAUAAGCUCCUCCGCCCGCAGGCUUCGUGAGCUUCGACAACCCGGCCAGCGCGCAGACCGCCAUCCAGGCCAUGAACGGCUUCCAGAUAGGCAUGAAGAGGCUCAAGGUGCAGCUGAAGCGGCCCAAAGACGCCAAUCGCCCGUACUGAGCGCCGGCGGGAGCGUCCCCCGGGGGAGACCAGGACUCGCACAGGGCCAGUCAAAUCCACCACAGUCUCGCGCUGAGCUAGGAAUAAAGUUCACGUAAUCACAUGAGAGUGGAGAAAAGUCCCCCAUCCGGCAGGAUGCUGAACGGGCUACAUUAAAAACAAACCUCUUUCUCUCUCUGUUUAUAAAUGAGAACUGUUGGACGACACCUUUGACAUAUCAGCCAAUACCAAUCAAGCUGAAGACUCCAGACACUCUGUGUGACUGUAACAUUUCUUCAAGGAAAGCAUAGCGUCAAUGGAGUGCAGAGGGCACGUGUUUGGGGAAAAAUACAAAUGACAUAAAGAUGACGACGACGAAGAAAAAUGAGAUAAAACAAACAAACAAGAAACCCGCAACUUUAAAAUGAAAUAACGUGAGCCCAGAUGGGGAAGCUGAAGGGCUGGGCACUAGGAGGAGACACUGCUGCUGCCAACUGAUCCUGGGGCUUUUCCAGCCCGUGGGCGCCUGAGGCAGGCAGGGGCAAGCAUACAAUGGGGCUCAGUCCCCAGCAGGCGGCUGGGAGUCCGCCCCUGAGCGUCUCUAUUUGUCAUUCCUUUAGCUAUUUAGGGACCAAAGGACCAAACUUUUUAUUGCAGAUGUGUAGCUCUGUCAAUUAGAGGUGGAACGGAGACCAACCUCCUUCCUGCCUCCUGGCUGUUCUUGAAACAGCUUAGAGCGAUUCUAUGAAAAAAAAAAAAAUGUAAUAAAAAAAAUAAAAAAUAAAUAAAAAAAUAAAAAACAAAACAAACAAACAAAAAAAAAACAGGAAAAAAUAAUGCUUCAACGCUUUUAAAACAGCAAGAUACUAGUUCUUUGAUACUUUGAGAGGCGCUUUGAUUACCCCGAUUGAAGUCUCUGAAACUUUCCUAUGGUUUUCUGUAUUAUAUGUCUGGAUGGAGCUGUUAAGAUAAAAAGAUUGGUGGAUAUUUGGGGAAAGCAACAAGGAUAUUCAGUCAUUAACCAUGAAGAGUGAGAACACGAGGGGAACAAGGGGACUUCGAAGGCAAGGUAAUUGUUGUGAAAAGUCUGUAAAUGCUUCUAACUCUUCCCCCUCUUAAAAAUCAUACUAGUUGUACAGAAUUUUAAAAGGAAAAGUUUAAAAUACCUAUAUCAUAGAAGAAAAAAAUUAGAGGAAAGCAAAAAAAUUUAAAAAAGGAAAAAAAAAACCUUA